CCUAAGUCCUAACUCCACCACAAAAACACCAACUACAAUAUUACAAUCUCCUCUACAUCUUCCUAGCUACAACUCAAUUGCUAGUAAGAAAAAUGAGCUGGUCAGCAGGAGAUUGGAUGUGUCCCGCCUGCCAAAACCAGAAUUUCAAAAGGAGAGAAGCAUGCCAGAGUUGCGGUUACCCUAGGUAUGGUGGCCCUGAUCCGUCAACCUGGCCAGUGGUUCGUCUUGGAGACUGGUAUUGCUCCGCUAUGAACUUUGAAAAUCGCAUGAUAUGCGGAGCUCACAAUUUUGCCAGCCGAUCACACUGCUAUGUAUGUGGAUCUAGGAAACAAGAUGAUGGCCCGACUAGACCUGGUGACUGGACCUGCCCCAGAAUGGAAUGUGGAGUUCACAACUAUGCUAGAAGGACAGAAUGCUUCAGAUGUAGAGCACCAAGAGGAUAUGGUGGUGCAGAUUAGGAAAAUAACUUAACUAAGAAGACUAUAUCUACCUCUUGCUUCCUUCACGUCUGAUCUCUUUGCAGUACUAAUUUACUCCUGUACUGGAGAUAUUAAUAUCAUUUAGCUAGUUAGGUUGAUUAUGGUUGAAAGCUCUCUUUCUGAAGCAAGCAUGCCAUGUAACUGCGUUUUCCGUAUUUAAUUUAUAGUCUGCAUGGAGCUUUUGAAGUCUCUUUUUCUUUGUUUUCA